UGAUAAUGUCGGGAAUGCUAUUGCAGUACGACAACAUACAACUUCAGAUGGCUUUCGGCAGCAUCACGGAAAAUGAGCAAAGGAGAACAUGCAAAAAGAGCCAAGAGUUUUAUGGUCUCAAGAUUUCCGAUCUGUUGCCCCAUCUGGAUCGGAAGAAGGAUCCCCCAGGCCAGCACUUCCUCUUGAGCCUCCCACAGCGCCCCACCCUCUCCCGUUCACCCUCUCUUUCCAAACCAGGGGAUGCAGGCAAGGCAAGAGGUGCCCCUCUCGCCCCCCUGCCCGACAGCAUUCAGAGUCUAGCAGUGCAUCAGGCUUGUCAACACCAACAGCAAACCACCCCUUGCAGCUCUAGCAGACACGUAAAGAGCAGCCUCACCUCAGGCCUGGUGCAGAACGCAGAGGCCUUCUCUAAGGCUUUCACAGAGUUCUUCUUGCCCUACAUUGCAGCAGGUCGACCGGGCAUGCGGCACGUGGAGUCACCAGCUGCCAUCCGGGACCUGUUCCAGCAGGGGGUGUUCUCGCCACAGAUAUUAAGGGUGCAGAUGAGAACCAAUAAGAACCUGAACGUGCCAGAUGCAAACAGUGGCAUGAGUGAACAGUACUUUGAGGAUCUGGAGGACCUCCAGAGGAAGCUGUUCUGUGGCACGCUGCAGCGUUCGGCUUGUCUCCUGAGGCCUCCCCAGGAGUCCAGCGCCCAGCGCCGGGCCCUCCGCCACAUCUGCCUCAGCGAUAGCUCCAUGUGCUGCUCCCCACCACUUGUGUGCAGGAAUCAGAUCUACUACACCUCCUUCUCCAAAUAAAUUACUUACCACACACCCACUAUUUUACAAACAAGCUGGCACUCAUGUACUAUUCCCAUUAAUUUAGCAUUCACUUAUUUUUGUCUAUGCCUCACAUAGUUCUAUGGUCACUUAUUGCUAAACACUUCAAGAAGAUGAUUUUAAAGUCUGCAAGGUUUUUCAGUGCUAGCAUACUCUGAAAAACCCAGAAAAAAGAGGCUGAAUUUGCCAU